GUCUCAAUUUCUUCUGUUAUGAAAACUCCUCAAUGAAGUGUUGGAUAACUGCAGCUUCCGUGGCGUUAUGCAAGACCAUGUGGAGAGUUUAUUCCCGGCUGUCUAUGUUAGUUUUUUCUAACAUAUGUGCAGGAGGUAUUUAAAUUGAGAAAAGUCUGAAAAUAGCAUCAUGGCAAAGCGGAGAAAGUGUGCAGAGACAGACGAAGAAGAAGCCACAACAAAGAAACUGAAGCGGGCGAUGACUGAAGUAACCAGAAGAGCAAAGACAAGAGUGAAGAAGAAAGAUACAGUUAAUGAUCUUACAGAUAAAGAGGAGAAGUUUGAGAAGAAGGUCAAUACUAAGCCACGUUUGUCCUCAAAACGAGCAGCAGAGAAAAAUUCUUCCAGUACCAACACCAGCACUGAUGUCAAAACCAGUAAAUACUUCCAGUCCCCACUAAAGCAGGAAGUUGAUAGUGAAGAUGACUUCGACAUGGAUACCUCUGCACCACCUCUGGUUGAUGUGAGCCCCAAGAAAAUGGAGAAAGAAGAAGAAGAGGAGGAUGAUAGUGAGGAUGAAGAUGAUUGGGAAGAAGUGGAAGAAUUAGCUGAACCUCUGGGUCCAGUCGAAACGCCUGAGCCGGUCCUGCCUUCUCAGCCCGUAGAGAUCGAGAUCGAGACGGCCGAAGUCAGAAAGCAGAAGAAGAGGCAGGCAGAGGUGGAGACUUACUUCCGGCGAAUGAUGAAGAGAUUUAAGAAGGACCUGCUGAUUGACACACACAAGGUCCACCUCAUGUGCCUUAUAGCCAACGGGAUGUUUCGCAACCGUCUUUGCAGCCAACCGGACCUACUGGCCAUCACUCUGUCCUUGCUGCCGUCCCACUUCUGCAUGGUCGCCAAGGAACGCAUUGAUCAAAACUACCUCUCUGGACUGCUCAAAUGGUUUAGAGCAACCUUCACGCUCAACCCUAGUCUUUCCUGUGAGGAGGGUCUGGUCCCUCGGGCUCUGCUGGAGAGACGACUGGCCUCACUCUCAGCCAGAGACCACCAAGAGAUGACUCAUAUUUUUCUUUUGAUUCUAAGGUCUCUGCAGCUUUUCUGCCGAUUGGUUCUCUCAUUACAGCCAGUUCCUUUCAAACCUCCUUCAGCCAAGCCCAAAGGGGCCAGAAAAUUAACUGCUGCCACUGAAUCAUGCCAAAAAAACAACUGUGUGAAGCCCAAAGUCUCUCCAGGCUCAAAGAGACCAUCAGGAGGAAGGAAAACAAAAGGGAGCAGUGGAGGCAAACAAUCAAAGAGGAACGAAACAAACGAGGAGAAAGAGGAAGCUCUUAUAUUUUCAGGAGGACAGAGACCCAAAAAUUCUAAACGUCGCAGUGUGGCGUCAAAGAUCAGCUACAGAGAGGAGAGCAACAGUGAUGGGGAUGAUGGCAAUGAAGAGGAGGAGCUUAGUGAUGCAGAAGAGUUUCAGGCAACCAGUGAGGACGACAGCAAGGACUCAGAAAGUGAAGCCAAGUCUGCAAAAAGGAAGAAAGGGAAAGCAAAAAGAACAGCUGAAGCAAGAAUCAACAAAAAUACAACAGCUCCAAAACGAAAAAGUGGUGGGAAAAAACAGGAAAAAGCUGAGGAAGAGAGUGAGUUGGAGGAAGAUCAAGGAGCUGAUAAAAAUGAAAGAGCAGCAAGUAACAAGACAAAACCACAGAGUGGGAAAAGCAAAGAGCGGCCUGGAACAGACGAGUGGUUAGAGGUGUACCUAGACAAAACAUCUUCUUGGGUUUGUGUAGAUGUGCAGCACGGAGUAGGCCUGCCUCAUCUCUGCUCCCAGAAUGCAACAGCACCACUGACCUAUGUGGUGGCGGUGGACGGAAGCGGGUUUUUAAAGGACCUGGGAAGAAAGUAUGACCCCACCUGGAUGACAUCAUCCAGGAAGAGGCGGGUGGACGAUGAAUGGUGGGAGGAAACACUCGAGCCAUUCUUGGGCCCGGAGGAUGAGAGAGACAAAAAGGAGGAGAAGGAGCUCCAGAAUAAGCUUCAGAACAAGCCCCUGCCAGUCUCUGUAGCUGAGUAUAAGAACCAUCCUCUGUAUGCCUUAAAGAGACACCUGCUGAAGUACGAAGCCCUUUAUCCUCCUACAGCCACCGUCCUCGGAUACUGCAGAGGAGAGCCUGUGUACUCCAGAGAUUGUGUGCACACCCUCCACUCCAGAGAAACGUGGCUAAAAGAAGCACGAACUGUCCGACUCGGAGAGGAGCCAUUCAAGAUGGUGAAGGGCUUCUCCAAUCGUUCUAGAAAGGCCAGGAUGAUGUCCGAGACGAAGAACGAGAAGGACCUUCCUCUGUUUGGAGAAUGGCAGACUGAGGAGUACCAACCACCCAUAGCCGUGGAUGGGAAGGUUCCUCGUAACGAAUACGGUAACGUCUACCUCUUUAAAUCCUGCAUGAUCCCGGUGGGCUGUGUUCAUGUCAGGCUGCCCAACCUGCACCGUGUGGCCCGAAAGCUGGACCUCGAUGCUGCACCUGCGGUCACGGGCUUCGACUACCAUGGAGGAUAUUCACAUGCUGUAACUGAUGGUUACAUUGUGUGUGAAGAAGAUGAGGAGAUUCUCAGAGCCGCCUGGGUGGAAGAGCAGGAAAUUCAGAAACAGAAAGAAAAAGAGAAAAAGGAAAAGCGAGCUGUCGCCAACUGGACUCUGCUGGUGAAGGGACUCCUGAUCAGAGAGAGGCUUAAACAGCGUUACAACAAGAAGACCCAGGGGUUUGGGAGCCUUGCUCAUGAAGGCGAUGCUGGGGGUUUUUCUUCUGAUGAGGAGGUGGUUGAAGGGGACACUUCUGGGGCUAAGACCGCAUCUGAGACUCUGGCUAUGUCCUGGCCCCAAAACAGACAAGCUGAAGAGGAUGCCGGGUGCACCAGCAAAUCCAAGAAGAAGACGACAAGACGAGAGAAGAAGAGUCAAGAGCAGCAUUUAUUCCCCUUUGAGAAAGUUUAA